UGUACUCCUUUCGUUGGCACAGCCACAACAACAAUUAUAUUAUAUAUUUCGGUCGUUCAGCCAACGGCGGGGUGGGGUGGGAAGAAAAAACCUACCGCCGACGAGAUCGUUUGCCACAGUCAGCGAGAGACGUAUCGCGUUCCGUAAGUCUAAAGUACGAUCGUCCCGUACGUUAUCGCUUCGCGUACGGACACCGUGGUGUAAUAAUAAUAAUAAUAAUAAUAAUAAAUCCGAAUUCGUCGUUAGACUCCUUACCCCCAUCCCCCCCUCCCACACAUUCCACCAACGACGCCGGGUGAUCAAUCGCACCGCUAUUCAGGCAUUCGCUAUCGUUCGCACCGACCGACGACGACUGCUCACGCUAUCAGUGGCGAGUGAUAGAGGACCGUUUUUGUUCAUGUAAUACUACGACUACUUACCAGUUGUCGUGCCCCGAGUUAUACGUUAAUUUAUUAUUGCUAACGUAAUAUUAUCACGCACACGCACACGUUUAUCGCGCUCGUACGUGUAACGUCGCAUUAUCAUCUUUAUAUUAUUAUUAUUAUUAUUAUUUAUAUCGUUUCCGCCGGAGUGGUGAUAACCGAUAAUUGAUCAACAAACUCGGUGUCCGGUGACCGUAGCGUAGUAACCGUGUGAAAUUAGGUUAUUUCGCGUAGUUGUUUCGCGUCCGCCUCUGUGCAAUUAUACAACUCACCGUCGCGGUUCCUGUCCGUUUUCGUUUUUCCAUCAUCAGUUGGAGGUGUCCAGCGUUAUUUUUUACGACAGUGUGUCGCCCGUCGCCCUAUUUUAAGAUGACUGAUUGCCAUGGCCAUGGAAGGAGAGGAACUCAUCUCGGACCAGGAAAAGGUCAGGAUUGUUUCGGAUUUCAUACUGCAUUCACCUCCUGGCGAAUUUAAUGAAGUAUUCAAUGAUGUUCGAGGCUUAGUUAACAAUGAUGCACUUCUUAAAGAAGGAACGUGUUGGGCAUUUGCUUUAUACAAUAAAGAACAAACAUUACCUGUUAAGCUAGAAAACAGUGAAUAUCCGGUGCUUAUUACUCAAUUUAAUGAUCUAGGAUCUAGUAGAUUUUAUGAUCCUAGAUCUAAACAAUCAUUUAAGUUUGAUCAUUUAAGAAAAGAACCAUCAAACUAUGAGAAUUGGGAGCCAGAUUCAGAGACAGAAGCUUGGCGUUCAGUAUUUGAAACAGAAUUUACUUCAUAUACGUCAUUACAUUAUAAGCAUGGUACAUGCAGUGUAUUUGCAAAACAAGAAGGUUCUUCCACUGUUAUAACAGCUUGCAUUGAGGAUCAUGAAUUCCAAGCAAAAAAUUUUUGGAAUGGUCGUUGGAGGUCUCAGUGGACUCUCACUGUUGGACCAACUAAUAUAGAUGUUUUUGGAUUCUUACGAAUUCAUGUUCAUUAUUAUGAAAAUGGUAAUGUUCAACUUGUAGCAUCUAAAGAAAUAAAGGAAUCAAUUGCAUUAACAACUGAAGAGUUAGCUGUUAAAGAAGUUUUGAAAAUAGCAGAAGAUGCUGAAAAUGAGUACCAGAUAGCUAUUACAGAAAAUUAUCAAACUAUGUCAGAAACAACUUUUAAGGCACUCCGUCGCCAGUUGCCAGUCACUAGAACAAAAAUUGAUUGGAAUAAAAUUGUUUCUUAUAGCAUUGCUAAAGAGUUUAAAACUCAAUGACCAAUCAAACAAUUAAUAGUCAUUGUUUUAUUUUCAUGAUGCAAAAGACUUAAUUGGUAAGUCCUUACGCUUGCUGAAAUAUUUAAAUAUUAUGAGAAAAGAAUCAUAAUUUGUUUUAUUAAUUAUAUCUUUCCACCAAUGAGUUAGAAAAAAAUUGAACCUUUAAACCAAGGUGUUAGGAAAAAAUUGUACAAAACAAAGUGUGAAAUUGCUCGCUUAGUAUUCAAUAUAGUUUUCCUUUUAUUUGUAAAUUUAUUGAGGUAUAAUUUUUAUUUUUGUAUUUUUAAUUUUUAUUUAUUAAUAAUUUUGUUGAGUGUAAACAAAACUUUAUUAUGAAAUUAAGCUUAGAUUUGGAAAGUAAACAAAUAUAUUCAUUUUUAGAUUAAUACAUUUUCUGCUAAAGUUAAAAGUUCCAAGCGUAUUUUAUUACUUUUUGGAUUUUAAAACAUAAAAUAAAGUAUAUACCUUCAGUUUUUAAACUUAAAAAAUAAAAAUCCAUAUUUUAUAAUAUUGCAAAUGUUAAUGAAUGUAAAAUUAGGUCAAUUUCAUUAACUAUAUGUUUUAUAACUAUUUGUUAUGUAAUAAUUUAUCAAUUUUAAUCAAAAUGUAUCAUUAUUUUUUUUAUUUACAAUUAAUAUUUUAUUCAGUAAGAAAUAAUAACCGAAAGCCAAUAAUGUAUCUAAUAGAUUCGAAGCACAAAUUAUAGUGUAAAAACUUAAACUAUAAAAUAUAGUCAAAAGUAAUUAUCUGUUAUGAAAAUUUUAAUUAUGAUCUAUUAUAUUUUUUUUCUUGAUACCUAUGAAUGCAUAUUUUGAGUUCAAUAUUUUAAGUAUUGAUUCUAAAUUUUACCUUAUAAAGUUAUUAAAGUUAUUUUAGUAUAAGUUUAAAUGUAAUUACUUACAUAAUUUAAAAUCUGUACCAUUAUUGGAUUUAUAAUUUUGUUUCAAAAGUUAUGUAUUCAUAUCCUUAAAGUUCUUAUUCCUGAAUUAUCUUCAAUUACUGUUCUGCUUAUAAAGAAAUAUAUAUAUAUUGCUGCAUUUGUUAAUGUUACCCUUUAAGUAUUACAGUUUUCUUUCAUACAUUUAGUAUGUUAUUAAUUAUUAUUUUUCGAAAAAAAACCUAAAUUAAACUUGUUAACAUUAUUAUGAUAUUGUAAAUUUAUUAUCAAAAAUUUAUGUUUUUACAUAAAUUUCAAACGUUGUUGACUGUUUUCUAGAAAAACAAUAUUGAUGUUAUGGAUAUUAAUGAAAUGAAAAACUAGAUAAUUCUUACCACUAUUAUACUUUUUUUGUAUGUACAGAUAUGUAUUUGUAAAGUCAAAUAUUUUAAGUACACAAAAGCAUUUUCUGUUAACUAAUUACAUAAUACUAUAUAUUAACAUAUUUACAAACACACAUAUAUAUAUAUACAUAUAUACAUACAUAAUACAUAUUUAAAUAUAUGUGUAUAAUAUGCUUGUCUAAACUUGAGUAAAACUGUACAAUAUAUUGCUAUAUUAAUUAGGAAAAACAAUUUUGGUGAAGGUUAUGUGAUUUAAAUGUUGUAUAAUUGUAAUGAAUGCCGUUAACAAAACUUUGUUUUUGGUUCAUGGUAGAUUUUUUUCUAAUAAAUUUGUUUUUGUAAUUAAGAAAAAUGCAUAGAAACGUGCAAUAUUUAGUUAAAAAUAUAAAAUAUAAUGUAUAUUAUGUAUUUCAAUAAAAUAAAAUAUCUAUCGCGGCUUGUAUUAAAAUCUAGUGAAUUAUCAUAGGUCAUUAUAAUUGUAUACCAAUAUAUUUAAAUUUAUUUUGGUUUUAUAUAUUUCAUGCUCACAAAAACAAAUUUUUCGUCAUUAUCCGUUAUGUCAAUUAUUAACUAUUAUUAAAUGAUUAUAUUAUUAUUACUUUUAUCAUUAAUAUUUUAUUAUUUAUUUAUUAUUAUUAUUAUUAUUAUUAUUAUUAUUAUUUUUAUUUAAUUAUUAUUAUUUUAAUUUAAUUUAAUUACUAAACAGGAAUGUUCUUAUAAUAUGACUUUCUUGUUUAAUUUUUAAAAUAAUGUUAUUCAAAGAGGAAAAUUAUAUAUUAUAUUCAAAGCUACGACAAUUUAUGUUUGCUAAAUUUUUCCGUCCUGAUGUUUGAUAUUCAUACAGCUUCAACUUUUAACUUCUGGUGUUUAAAAGUUGUACAGAUCAUUUGGAAUUUAUAGUUAGCUAAAUUCAAUAUAUUAUUAUAUUGAAUAAUAUUUAUCAUAGUUUCUACCCUUUUGUAUUGAAGCUUAUCAAUUGUUCAAAAUAUGGGUGGCUGGGAGGUUGUUAUAUAUAUUUAAUGCAAUGGUCUUACAAACCAAGAGAUAUAACAUUAUACAAAUUUAAAGUUAAUCUAUACCCAUGACUCCAUAUAAUAAUAUAAACAUAGGUAUUUGUUUAUUGAAAUAAUUUAUAGACAAACACACAUUAAUUUAUACAAAAAUAAUUAAUUAUAGCUGUGUAAACUUAAUACCAACAUUUAUCAUCUUCUUUUACAUUUUAUUACAUUACUCUAUUAUAAUUCUGACUAUUGGUUAUUCCAAAAAUAUGUCAACAUGGAUCAUUUAUGGAUUGUCAAGAAAUAAUUUGUAUUCUUUGUAGCAAUCUAACUAAAAGGCACAAACUAUCAAAAUAUCUAUUGUUAAUAGUUUUUAUUGUAAAUAUAUUAACAUUUUGCAUAUUAUUUUAUGGACAAAACUGUACAAAUGACUAAGUAUCACUUUGUUCACCAUAGCUGAUAAUAUCUCAGUGGAAUGUAGAGGUAUGAGGUUUUAUUGUUAUAAAUGUAACGCAAUGACAACUCACUGAAUUUGAAAAACCAUUUUGAGAGAAUAUAAUAGUAUAAAAAAUAUCGGAGAACAAGGUGGCGACAUCUUGGUUUGUCUAGCUGCCUGUACAUAUGUAUCGAUGCUUGAGCUGGGCCUGCUAAUACUGAUUUACCUAUGAAAAAAUAAAUAGGUAUGUCAGUUACUUUUUGAUACGCAUUGUGUUUGCCGACCACUCCACACCCCGUCUAUUAGCUGCUUCGCCGCUGUAUGUUGGUCGGGUAAUUUAACGGCCAAUGGAAUGAGGCGAACUACGACUAUGGUUGGGAAGGGUGGGAUGCGCUAACCGGAUUACCUCUCGUAUUGUUGCUGACAUACCUAUCUAUUUUGUCAUGGAUUUACCCAUGUACCUAUCAUUGUUUACCGUGUAUUGUGUUUAUAUAAUACUAUACCAAAUAAUAUUAAAUUAAUAUACAAUAUAAAGUACAGAACCCC